AUGGAGUCUGCAAGAAUAUACAACUUUACGCAGUCGUGCAAAGAGCUGAAAUAUGCAAAGGAUCUGCCCCAGAUUUCCAUUAUUUUCAUCUUUGUGAAUGAAGCGUUGUCAGUGAUCCUGCGGUCAGUGCACAGCGCUGUUAAUCACACGCCAGCCCAUCUCCUGAAAGAGAUUAUCCUUGUGGAUGACAACAGUGAUGAAGAGGAAUUGAAGGCACCCCUGGAAGAGUACGUCAACAAACGAUACCCGGGGCUUGUGAAGGUGGUGCGCAACCAGAAAAGAGAAGGCCUGAUCCGAGCUCGUAUUGAAGGUUGGAAAGCCGCUACGGGCCACAUCACUGGAUUCUUUGAUGCCCACGUGGAAUUCACUGCUGGCUGGGCUGAGCCAGUUCUGUCGCGAAUCCAAGAAAACCGGAAAAGGGUUAUUCUUCCGUCAAUUGACAAUAUCAAGCAGGACGACUUUGAGGUGCAGCGUUAUGAGAACUCUGCCCAUGGAUACAGCUGGGAGUUAUGGUGCAUGUACAUUAGCCCUCCCAAAGACUGGUGGGAUGCUGGUGACCCUUCACUGCCAAUCAGGACACCUGCCAUGAUUGGCUGUUCAUUUGUUGUAAAUAGGAAGUUCUUUGGAGAAAUAGGUCUUCUGGAUCCUGGAAUGGAUGUAUAUGGAGGAGAGAACAUAGAGCUAGGAAUCAAGGUGUGGCUGUGUGGUGGCAGCAUGGAAGUGCUGCCAUGCUCCAGAGUUGCUCACAUUGAACGCAAGAAGAAGCCCUACAACAAUAACAUUGGUUUCUACACCAAGCGGAAUGCUCUGCGAGUGGCCGAAGUGUGGAUGGACGAUUACAAGUCUCAUGUUUACAUUGCGUGGAACUUGCCACUGGAGAAUCCAGGCAUUGACAUUGGGGAUGUCUCGGAGAGAAAAGCAUUAAGAAAAAGCUUAAAGUGUAAGAAUUUCCAGUGGUACCUGGACCAUGUUUACCCAGAAAUGAGGAGAUACAAUAAUACUGUUGCCUAUGGGGAGCUUCGUAACAACAAAGCAAAGGAUGUAUGCCUUGACCAGGGUCCGCAGGAGAACCACACAGCAAUACUGUAUCCAUGCCACGGCUGGGGACCUCAGCUUGCCCGCUACACCAAGGAGGGAUAUCUUCACUUGGGGGCCCUUGGGACCACGACUCUCUUGCCGGAUACCCGCUGCCUGGUGGAUAACAUGAAAAGCCGGCUCCCUCAGCUCCUUGAUUGUGAAAAGGUCAAGAGCAGCCUCCAUAAACGCUGGAAUUUCAUACAGAAUGGUGCGAUCCUGAAUAAGGGAACUGGGCGCUGUCUGGAAGUGGAGAACAAAGGAAUGUCCGGCAUUGAUCUAAUUCUUCGCAGCUGCACGGGACAAAGAUGGACAAUUAAAAACUUCAUCAAGUAAAGGUGUAAGGGCCAGAGCAGUCUGAAGAACUUCACUCAGAACACGAGUGACUUGGACCGAUCAGACAGGGAUCCUUUUCACAACUUUGGAAAGAAAGAAAUAUAAAAACAGAGCUUUAUUCACGGUAUCAGGAGAGGACCUUGCGGGAUGUGGGCAUUUGUGGUUUGUUUGUUUUUUUAUUGUAUAUUAGUCUCUCACAGCUGAUUCCAGCUGGGUGAAAUUGCGUCAGAACUGUUAUUUUCGUCUACCAAGAGCUCUCAAGGUAUCACUUAUUUCUGCUGGAAUGAAGCCUGUGCAGUCUUAUGGACGGUUUAUUGACAGGGAAGUGAUGCUUUCACAAAUGACUUAAAGCUCUUAGCAAGGGCCAUCAAGGUUUAUACCAGGACCAGAGAUAAGAGACCUUGGACAAACCCACUUGUCAAGCAAGAGCAUUUGUCUAUAUAAAACAGAAAAAAGAUUGCCAACUUUGGAAGCCUAAAGUGAGCUGAGUUAAAGUUCUUAGGUGUUUUUAAAUGUCUCCUCUCUCCCUUUCUCUCACCCACCUUCUUCUUCAACCUGGGACAGGCAUGCUUUAAAGUGACAGGUCUCAAAGGCAUCUCCAAAUAGCCCCUUGAUUUCCCUCUCACAAGAACAGGAUACCAACUAUACAUACAAAAUGAUGGGGCCUCAAUUAGCUGUUACAACUCAAGAAAGCGAUUUUGGCAUCAUCAUGGAUAGUUCUCUGAAAACAUCUGUUCAAUGUACUGGGGCGGUCACAACAGCCAACAGGAGGCCAGGAACUGUUAAGGAAGGGAUAGAUAAUCAGACAGUAAAUAUAGUGCCAAUAUAGAAAUCCAUGGUGCACCCGCUUCUUCAA